AUGGGACCCGAGCAGGCAGGGUUUUUGGGGGUGAGGUGUCUGUGGUUUCGGCUGGCUGGCUUUGAGUAUGCUCUGUCAUCCCGCAACCCUCGUGGUGACAGGAGCCUUGAUUUAGAAGCCUCGGUUCCAACCCAGCCCUGCUUCUGGGGGCUCUCCGGAGCCUCAGUCCCCUCAGGGGUGUGGCUGCUGGGCCUUUCGGGCUAUUCAGGCCGUGUAACCUCCUUUCGGGCUGAGGUCACCACUCCCUGGCUCUCCUUGGCCGCCUCGAAGGGCGUGCUUCCGGCAGUGUGGGCGGCGCCCCGGCUUGCCUGCUUCUGCCUCCCCAACCUCAGACGCAUUGCCCAGAGGGCAGGAGGAGCCCCGGGGUGUCCUUGGGAGAAGAAAUGGGUGACCGUUGGUGACACAUCCCUACGAAUCUACAAAUGGGUCCCUGUGACGGAGCCCAAGGUUGACGACAAAAACAAGAAUAAGAAAAAAGGCAAGGACGAGAAGUGUGGCUCAGAGGUGACCACUCCGGAGAACAGUUCCUCCCCAGGGAUGAUGGACAUGCAUGGUGGGAGCCACACCAGGGCCCUCUCUGGCCACCCUAGGCCCCCCGGGCCUGCACGGCUGCCCUGCACUGCUCAGCCAGGCUCCACCUGCCCACUGCCCGAGCUGCCCAUGGGAAGGACACAAGGACAGACCCGUGUGGCCUUCCCAGACGCUUCUGAUGAGCAGAACUCACAGUCCUCGAUGGAACAUUCGAUGAACAGCUCAGAGAAAGUAGAUCGGCAGCCGUCUGGAGACUCGGGUCUGGCCGCAGAGUCGUCUGCAAUCUCUCAGGUACCUCGCUCGAGGUCUCAGAGGGGCAGCCAGAUCGGCCGGGAGCCCAUUGGGUUGUUGGGGGAUUUGGAAGGAGUGCCACCCUCUAAAAAGAUGAAACUGGAGGCCUCUCAACAAAACUCCGAAGAGAUGUAGACGAUGCUUUAAAGCCUCCGAUCCAUGUUCCAUGGAAGGUACAUCAGCAAUUAAUUCUAGAGCAACUUUGCCCCAGCGAUUCCUCUUGGGUGCGAACAGAACUACUAACGUUUCAAGUUUACCAAGUGCAAAUCCAAGGAGACCCAGAACGGCGUCACUUCUCAGACACUGAAGAACUCUGCUGUGAAGCAAAACACUCAAACCUUUAAGGGACUGUCCUUGGGGAGGCAGGUGGGGCUGACAGCUCAGGAGUGUCUGCACACUGUCUCGGAAGCCAGGAUUCCAUUUGUGUUGCUGCUGUAUUUUUUUCCCCACUUCUCUAUGUAUCGAUAUAAGCUAUUGGAGGGUGGUACCGAUCAGGAACGCUUUUCGGCGGGGCUUUUCACUGUUCAACCGAUUCCUUCCGCUUUCUUUUUUUGUGCCUUGUGCCCUUGAGGUGACCUCUGGCAUGUAUCCUGGUGGUUCUUGCAUCCCCCUCUGCAAAGUGCCCUCUUGGUUUGGUUCGGGCGGCAGCUGCCACCCUACUCACCGCUCUCCUCCCUGCCCCAGGACUUCAUCGGAGCAGGCAGGGUGGAGCGGAGGAGCUCCUUAGCCCACCUGGUUUGCAGGUGCAGGGGGACCUUAGGCAUGCCCCAAGUACCAGGCACCAGGGCCCAAGGACACGCAGGUGUUGGGGCAUAGUCCCCAAGGGCUCGGCUCCUUGGAUCAGGCUGGGCACUCACUGUGCUGUCCCCUCCUUGGGGCGUUCAGGACUGGGCGUCUCCAAGCCCACCAUGGCCCAGAUGGACAUGCAAAGCCCUUGGAAUUUUCUGGCACUUCCUCUCUAUUGCCCCCCGCACCACCACCACCACCACCCCCAUUAGUGCUUUCUCCCAGACCUCCGAAUACGAAAUGGCUUCUCUGGCUGACUGCAAGGCUGUGUCCUUAAGGUACUGAGUGGGCCGGGGAGGCUGGGAGCCGGCGGCAGGAUUAGCUGGUGCUGAACUUUCUCUCAUAGGACGUCGCUUGGAUUUCAAAUCCACAGUCACCUGCUGCCCUUUGCCUCCCCCGACGCCCCAGCCGGUGCCCCAGAGAGGCAGGAUCGCAGCGGUCAGAAUCCAUGUGCUUUCCUAUUCACAGGCUGUUCUGACUCUCAGAGCCAACAGCUGGACCGUGUCUCAUCCCCGGAACAUGCCGUCUGUCCCCACCAGGGAGCGGGCCUUGAUGGCUGGGCCUCGAAGGCCACAAACAAGACGUCGAGGAAUUGGAAAGAUUUGCACACCCUCCAGAAAGGAGAGACGCAAUCUCCCCUCCCUCCCAUCCCGCACCUGCGCUGGAACAGCUUCCUCUCACUGAACGGAGACGCCCCCUUGGACGAACUGCCUAAUUGUUUGGUUCUGAGGCCUGGUUUGCUCUUAAUUAAUAUAUGAACUCCUCAGACCUUAAACCUUUUCCUAAGCUUUCUUUACUGCACUGGAGUUCUGACUCCCUUUGAGUUGUGUGUUACCGGGGGGGUGGGGGUUGCGGGUUUUGUUGUUUUUGGGGGCUAAUUGGUGCAUAUUCAGGUACCACCUUUGACGUGUGGAUCUUUCUCCUGACCAUCACGGGAAGUGUCUGCUGGAUUCCAUUUUUUAAGAGUUUCUGAGGGUGAGGCUCUUAUUUUUUUUCAAGGGAUCCUGUCUAUUUCCUGCACUUCAAGAAGAAUCAAAAUGUUCCUGAAUUUCAAAUACCUCAUGCAAAAUGUCUCCUGAAAUAAGGGAAAAAAAAAAAAAAAAACAAAAAAACUUUGAAAAUCUUAAUGUUGAAGUUAGCAAUGCUGAAAGGUUUCUGUCUUAAAAAAAAAAAAUCCUUGUACUUAUCAAUUUUGCCCCUUAGGCAGUCAGUUUUGUUGAGAACUGUGUCCUGUAUCCUGGCGCAGAACCUACCUGAUGUGGUUCCUCUCCACGCAUCUCAAGGCGGCGUUACCUCCAGAUCCUGUAGAGUUAGAGUCACAUUUUUCUUUGCAGCAAAACUCCAUUUUGGUGAGAGAUGAAUUUGGAUAUUUAUUUCCUUUUCUUUUUUGGGAAACGAGAGGCUACAACCAAGACAGCUGAAGGAGAAUGAAACACACAUUUACAGAAACAGAGAGGCGUAGGUGGCCCUGCCAUUGGCAGCAGCCUCUCUGGACAGGCAAGGGGAGUUGGCGCAGGUAAGGACUAAGACGACGUCCACCAUACCGAGGCUGUCACUAGUAUUUCUCUGAAGUGCCUGAAGGUAGGAGUGGGCCGGCGAUUGGGACCAGCUGGGCCCCACCACGGCCAUGCCAGGCAAAGCGCCAGCAGCCCUGCACUCCACGCUGGCCAAGAAGGCCUUCCACGCAGAAUAACGAGACUGCAAAAAUCCGAUGUGCUUCCUUCCCUGGCGCAGUCGCUCCUCUGAGCUGCUGCCCCCCAUCCACCCUGCGCCCCUCGCCCUCCCCCCACCACAGAAUCUAAGACCUUUCAGCUUCGAGCCAGGGGGCGGGGGAUCCCGAGCAAAAGCCUUCCGUGGACAUCAGGCCCCGUGGCCUCAAGGGCUCCCAGGGCAAACCUAAUUUCCCCCAAAACUUAAAGUCGGGGAAGCUGCGGCUACACAUUCCACAAAGUGCUGGCACUUACACCUACAACCCGGAAGGCUGUGGACCGAUUCCUCUAGGGUGGUGACCUCCCAUUAGCAAACAGUGUCAUGGUUUGGAAUGUUCAUUAUCGCCGAGAACCUGGUUAGAGGCAUAAAGACCUUUUUUCACUGUUACCUAAUUUUUUUCCCCUCUCAAGACUUUUUUUUUUUUUUUGGUGUGUUGUACAGCAGUAUAAUUUUUCACUUAUUUAUUCCAUCAGUAGAUAUGGUUUGUACAAUGUACAAUGGUUUCAUUUCAGAAAAUAAAAAUUUCAAAUCAUGAA